AUGGGUGUUAAGUCUCAGGAUACUUUGAACCUGAAUGAUGAUGAUUUUUUGAGUGUUGAAGAUAUGAUGGCUGAGAAUGAAGAUGAGCAGAAUGCACAAGAUGAUUCUGUAACGAGCGCUGCUCAGACUAGAGGUAACAAACGUAGGCACUCGAUAUGUUGGAAGAACUUUACAAUUAUAGGAGAUAAGCUGUCUGAUGGUAGUCAUAACAUUAAGUGCAAUCAUUGCCAUGAUCUCUACAACAUAGAUCUAGGUAGGAAUGGAACUAGUACUUUGCUUAGGCAUUCGAAACAGUGUUCAAAGACUCCUGAAAGUACACCUGGUAGUAAUAGGAAUCUGGAUAUGAUGGUCUUCCGUGAGAUGAUGGCUAUUGCUAUAAUAGAGCAUAAUCUGCCUUACGCAUUUGUCGAGUAUAGAAGGGUGAGAGAUGCUCUUGCUUAUGCGAAUUCAAGUUUUGAAUUUUGGAGUAGGAACACAGUUGUAUCUGAUGUGCUUAAGAUUAUUGAGAGGGAGAAAGCCCAUCUUAGGAAGGUGUUGAGUGAAGUUCCUGGUAGGCUCAGCUUCACUACUGAUCUUUGGAGAGCAAUCACAAUAGAGGGUUACUUGUGUUUGACAGUUCACUAUCUUGACGCAAACUGGAAGCUACAAACGAAGAUAUUGACAUUUUGUGUGUUUCCUCCACCUCACACUGGUGCAAGCAUUGCUAUGAAGUUAAUGGAGAUAUUGAAAGAAUGA